AAUUUAUACAUGUAAACAUAAUUGCACACAUUUUGGAGAUACGAUUUAAUUUUCAUUUUGAUAAUUUAAAUAAGUAAACUCAAAUUAUAUUUAAUAUUUAAACACUGCGGACUUAUAUUAAUAAAUUGAAAAUAUCAACAUUUCAUUCCUUUAUCAUGCUUUUACAAAAACUGAGCAGAUUUUCACAACAUUUAAAAUCGACGAUUGUAAGUCCACGUCUUUUCUCAACAAAACAUGAACUUCCAACGUAUAAAUGGGAUGAUCCUUUGAAUUUGGAAUCGCAACUAACUGAAGAUGAAAUUUCCAUUCGAGAUUCUUUCCGUUCCUAUUGUCGAGAAACUCUCCUGCCACGAGUUACGCUAGCUAAUCGAAAUGAAGUUUUUCAUAAAGAAAUUUUAACUGAGAUGGGCUCUCUUGGUGCUUUGGGUUGUACAUUGAAAGGCUAUGGGUGCGCGAACGUAUCUAAUGUGGCUUAUGGUCUCCUAACCAGAGAAGUAGAACGUGUAGAUUCUUCCUAUAGAAGUGCUUUAAGUGUCCAAAGUUCCCUGUCAAUGGGUGCCAUAUAUGAUUAUGGAAGCGAUAAACAAAAAGAAAAAUAUCUUCCCAAAAUGGCUGAAGGUAAGCUAAUUGGAUGCUUUGGCCUAACCGAACCAAAUCAUGGGAGUGAUCCAGGUGGCAUGGAAACAAGAGCCAAAUAUGAAAGCAAAACUAAAACUUACGUAUUAAACGGAAGUAAAACAUGGAUAACUAAUUCUCCAAUAGCUGACAUACUUAUAAUUUGGGCAAAAUGUGAAGAUAAUAAAGUACGAGGUUUUAUAAUAGACCGCGAAGAAUCAAAUAAAGGAUUGUCAACACCAAAAAUUGAAGGAAAAUUUUCUUUAAGGGCUUCAACUACUGGAAUGAUUUUAAUGGAUGAUCUACAUGUUCCUGAAGAAAAUCUGUUACCUAAAGUAGAAGGUUUUCGAGGACCGUUUGGUUGUUUAAAUAAUGCCCGGUAUGGAAUUGCAUGGGGUGCACUCGGCGCUGCUGAAGAGUGUUUAUCUAUAGCACGUCAAUACACGUUAGACAGACAUCAGUUUAAAAGACCUCUAGCUGCUAACCAAAUUAUACAAAAAAAAUUCGCUAAUAUGUCUACUGAAAUCACUCUUGGCUUACAUGCUUGCUUACAAGUUGGUAGAUUAAAAGACAAAAAACAACAUACACCAGAAAUGAUAUCAAUGAUAAAAAGAAAUAAUGCAGGAAAAGCUUUAGAAAUUGCAAGGAUUGCAAGAGAUAUGUUAGGGGGAAAUGGUAUUUCAGAUGAGUAUCAUGUUAUUAGACAUGUUAUGAAUUUAGAGGCGGUGAAUACAUACGAAGGAACUCAUGAUAUUCACGCUCUGAUUUUAGGACGAGCUAUAACCGGCAUAGGAGCAUUCUAAUAUUUCUAUUGAAAAUUUUCUUAUAAACGAAUACAUCUAUGCCUUAUUUUGCAAAUUUUUACUAAAUUUCAAAUAUAAAAUGUUCUGAACUAGCUAGGUAUUGUUCAAAUUUGAGAUUACUUUAAAUAUGUUUGAAUAUAUGUUAUAGUAAACACAUAACUAAACACUAAAUAAACUUUUUCAAAUACAAGAAACGUGUACCCGUGUGUAUGUACAUAAAUUCAAAUGUUUGU